AAUGGAUUACCAGAGGAGAGAUGUGUAUCCUAAUCUAAUGGGAUUCAUAAUGGCAUCUGGUGAUAUUGUUGAGGUUGGAGAUGUUGAUUUAAAUAAAUGGCCAAACUCAGAAUGGCGUUGUAUCAAGGUAAAGUGGGAUGAAUCCUAUAAAUAUCUAAAUCUCCCACUAAGAGUAUCACCUUGGACAAUAAUGAUCAAUAAUGAAGAAGUGGAAAACACUUCUAUCACUGCUCCGUCACUCAUUGAUUUCUUCACAGAAUCUUCGAUUGAUGAAACAAUUCUUUGUGAAGGUAUGCACCCAAAUAGUUCAAUAUAAAAGAUUCUACUAUAAUAGAUCAUUUCCGGUGGGGAAAUGAACUUCAUCUCUUAACACAACAUACUCAUGAUGAAAGUUCAGUGCAUGUGCUCAAGGAAUCAAAGUCUCACAAUGGUAAAUGACUUAGCUUGGAGCUGCAGACCAUUAGUUAUGUUUUGUAAUUUGUAAAAUAGAAAACUAGUCGAUCAAUGUAGUUGAAGUAUGUUUAAAUUUGAGGCUUUGAGUUCAUAGCCAACAUAUGAAAUGUGUAAGUUUCGUGCUAGUUUUGUGCACAAAGCUAAGCAUGUGUAAGUUUCGUGCACUAGGUACGAUUGGUUGCCUUUGUACUUCUUAUACUUAAUUAGUUUAUAUACUCAGUUCCUUUAUACUUUAUGGUUAAUUAUUCUGCGAUUAAAUAAUGUAUCUUAUUGUGUCCAUUAUUUUUGCUCCACCCAUGUCAUUCUACUAUAUUUUCACCCGUGCGGUGCACGGACAAAUAUCUAAAUCAAUUACUUAGUUUAUGUUAUGGAUAAAAAUAAGCUUUAGAGUUAUGUUA